GGACUGAUUUCUGCAAAGUAACUAACCAUGGCUUUUGUUGGAGAGGCUUUUCUAUCUGCUUCCAUUCAGAAGCUGGUCGACAUGUUGGCCUGCCCCGACCUCCGGAAGUUCGCCCGCGAAGAACAAGUCCACGCCGAGCUCAAGAAGUGGGAGGGAAUACUGCUGAAAAUCCAUGCAGUACUUCAUGAUGCUGAGGAGAAGCAGAUGACUAAUCGGUUCGUGCAGAUAUGGUUAGCCGAGCUCAGAGACUUGGCCUAUGAUGUUGAGGACAUCUUGGACGACUUCGCCACCGAAGCUUUACGGCGCAAGCUGAUCACAGAUGAUCCUCAGCCAAGUACUAGUACGGUACGCAGCCUCAUCUCCUCCUUGUCUUCUCGUUUCAAUCCAAAUGCUUUGGUGUAUAAUCUCAAUAUGGGGUCUAAGAUAGAGGAGAUCACUGCAAGAUUACAUGAGAUUUCUACCCAAAAGGGUGACCUGGAUUUGAGAGAGAAUGUUGAAGGGAAGUCCCACAGGAAGAGAAAAAGAGUCCCUGAAACAGCUUCUCUGGUGGUUGAGUCUCGUGUUUAUGGCAGGGAAACUGAUAAAGAGGCGAUACUUGAAGUGUUGCUGAGGGAUGAAUUGAUUCAUGAUAAUGAAGUCUGCGUGAUUCCUAUAGUCGGCAUGGGAGGUGUCGGCAAAACUACACUUGCCCAGCUUGCCUACAACGACGACAGAGUGAAGAAUCACUUUGAUCUGAGGGCUUGGGUUUGUGUUUCUGAUGAUUUUGAUGUUUUGAGGAUAACAAAAACGCUUUUACAGUCAAUUGCUUCUUAUACCCGUGAGAUCAAUGAUCUAAACUUGCUUCAAGUCAAGAUGAAAGAGAAAUUGUCUGGAAAGAAGUUUCUGCUUGUUCUAGAUGAUGUCUGGAACGAGAACUAUCACAAAUGGGAUAGCUUGUGCACCCCCUUGCGAGCUGGGGCACCUGGAAGUAAGGUUAUCAUCACUACUCGCAACAUGGGUGUCGCGACACUUACCAGAACGGUUUCGCCUUACCUCCUGCAGGAGCUGUCAAAUGAUGAUUGUCGAGCUGUGUUCGCGCAGCAUGCAUUGGGAGCAAGGAACUUUGAAGCUCAUCCGCACUUGAAAAUAAUUGGAGAGGAAAUGGUGAACAGGUGCAGGGGCUUGCCUUUGGUGGCAAAGGCCCUGGGAGGCAUCUUGCGAAAUGAACUAAACCAUGAGGCAUGGGACGAUAUAUUGAAGAGUAAGAUAUGGGAUCUACCAGAAGAGAAAAGUGGUGUUCUUCCAGCUCUCAAAUUGAGCUAUCAUCACCUGCCAUCUCAUCUGAAGCAGUGUUUUGCUUAUUGCGCUAUUUUCCCCAAGGGAUAUGAAUUCAAAAAGGAUGAAUUAAUCCUUUUAUGGAUGGGAGAAGGAUUUCUGCAGCAAACAAAAGGGAAGAAGCGAAUGGAGGACUUAGGUUCCAAAUACUUCUCUGAGUUGUUAUCAAGGUCGUUCUUUCAACAAUCAAGUAACAUAAUGCCACGAUUCAUGAUGCAUGAUCUCAUCCAUGAUUUGGCUCAAUCUAUUGCCGGAAACGUAUGUUUGAAUUUGGAGGAUAAGUUGGAGAAUAAUGAGAAUAUUUUUCAAAAGGCUCGCCAUUUGUCAUUCAUUCGUCAGGCCAACGAGAUCUUCAAAAAAUUUGAAGUUGUCGAUAAAGGGAAGUAUCUUCGAACUUUUCUAGCUUUACCCAUCAGUGUAUCAUUUAUGAAAAGUUUGUCAUUCAUAACUACGAAGGUGACACAUGACCUCUUAAUGGAAAUGAAAUGCUUACGGGUACUAUCUUUAAGUGGCUAUAAGAUGAGUGAGCUGCCGAGUUCAAUUGAUAAUUUGAGUCACCUAAGAUAUCUCAAUCUAUGUCGCUCUUCAAUUAAAAGGUUACCUAAUUCAGUAGGUCAUCUGUAUAAUUUACAAACCUUAAUAUUACGAGAUUGUUGGAGUCUCACUGAGAUGCCUGUGGGGAUGGGAAAUUUAAUCAACCUUCGACAUCUUGAUAUUGCUGGGACAAGUCAAUUAGAAGAGAUGCCCCCACGAAUGGGCAGCCUGACAAAUUUGCAAACAUUGUCUAAGUUUAUUGUGGGGAAAGGUAAUGGGUCGAGCAUACAAGAAUUGAAGCACUUGUUGGAUCUUCAAGGAGAACUUUCCAUUCAAGGAUUGCAUAAUGUGAGAAAUACUCGAGAUGCAAUGGAUGCUUGUUUAAAGAAUAAGUGCCACAUUGAAGAACUAACAAUGGGAUGGAGUGGUGAUUUUGAUGAUUCACGAAAUGAAUUGAAUGAAAUGCUUGUGCUCGAGUUGCUGCAACCUCAAAGAAAUCUGAAAAAGCUCACAGUUGAGUUCUAUGGAGGACCAAAAGUCCCAAGCUGGAUAGGGAAUCCUUCAUUCUCAAAAAUGGAGUCCCUGACCCUUAAAAAUUGUGGAAAAUGCACAUCGCUACCAUGUCUUGGACGACUAUCUCUACUCAAAGCCUUGCGCAUUCAAGGAAUGUGUAAAGUUAAAACCAUAGGUGAUGAAUUUUUUGGGGAGGUGUCUCUUUUCCAGCCUUUUCCAUGCUUGGAGUCUCUAAGGUUUGAGGAUAUGCCAGAAUGGGAAGACUGGUGUUUUUCUGAUAUGGUUGAGGAAUGUGAAGGAUUAUUUUCUUGCCUUCGAGAGCUUAGAAUAAGGGAAUGUCCCAAACUGACUGGAAGCUUGCCCAAUUGCCUACCUUCUCUGGCAGAGCUCGAAAUUUUUGAAUGCCCAAAGUUGAAGGCUGCACUUCCAAGACUUGCAUAUGUUUGUAGCUUAAACGUUGUAGAAUGUAAUGAGGUUGUGUUGAGAAACGGGGUUGAUCUGAGCUCCCUCACUACACUAAACAUUCAGAGAAUUUCCAGAUUAACUUGUCUAAGGGAAGGAUUUACCCAGUUGUUAGCAGCCCUUCAAAAACUGGUGAUAAGAGGAUGUGGGGAGAUGACAUCUUUGUGGGAGAACAGAUUUGGAUUAGAAUGCCUUCGGGGUCUUGAAAGUAUAGAUAUCUGGCAGUGCCAUGGACUUGUAUCCUUGGAGGAGCAAAGACUGCCGUGCAAUCUCAAACAUUUGAAAAUAGAAAACUGUGCUAACCUGCAGAGGCUGCCUAAUGGUCUGCAACGUCUCACAUGUCUUGAAGAGUUGUCAUUACAGAGUUGCCCCAAACUGGAGUCAUUUCCAGAGAUGGGCUUGCCACCGAUGCUGAGAAGUCUCGUGCUGCAGAAAUGCAACACUCUGAAGUUACUGCCUCAUAAUUACAACUCAGGUUUCCUUGAAUAUUUGGAGAUUGAACACUGCCCAUGCCUCAUUAGCUUUCCAGAAGGUGAGCUGCCUGCCUCACUUAAGCAACUGAAGAUCAAGGAUUGUGCAAAUCUACAGACUCUGCCAGAGGGAAUGAUGCACCACAAUUCUAUGGCAAUUUCAACCAAUUUCAGAGAAGAUGCUGCACAGCAAUACUGCACUUGA